CGUUUUUCUCUCUCUCUCUCUCUCCAAUGCUGCUGCAGCAGCAGCAGCAGAUGGCCGCUGAGAUCAGCCAGCUGCGGAGUGAGUGCGAGCAGCUGGAGGCCAGCCUGAAUGCGUACACGGGAGAAGACCUGUCGUCCGUGACUUCGGUGGUCGAGCUCCUCGAGCUCGAGCAGCGGCUGGAGUCGGCCAUCGGCAAAGCCCGGCUGCAACAAAUUUUUUUCCCUGCUGCUAGGUGAUCCUGGUUCCUCUGCAUGUCGAGGCGGUUUUUAUUGCGUGCCUUGUUUUUUUUCCUUGGCAGGAUGAGCUGCUCGUCAACCUGACCGAGGAGCUUCAGGUCAAGGUAAACUGUGACGGCCGGCCGGCUUCGCGUGAGCAGUAGUUGUAGCACGUCGUCGUAAAAGCAGCUGUGUGAAGUGAUCGUGCCGCUGCCGCUGUGAUGUGACGCACGCAGACCGAAGAGCACGGGCGCCACGACGGCCCACCAGCCGCCGCGGGCGUGGAGGCGACAGUGGCGGAGCCGCCGCUGCCACAGUCGCCGUCGUUCGCGUACCUCCUGGCCCUGGAGGAGAAGUCCGCGGCGAGCACAAUGCUGCGUCUGUGGCCGCCGACGGACGAGGACGCCGACGGCGGCGGGAGCUCCAGCCCACGCGAUCUACACCUGUGGUAACAGAACGUAAUGCAGAUCGAAGGCACAGUAGACUGGUUGCCCCGCCUGGCCGGCCAUGGACGUGUGUCGAUCAGCUGGGUGGACUUGAUGACAUGACAGAUUUACUUAGUUUGCUAAAGUACAUAACUAAAACAAACACCCCCUAAGUAGUAGUACUAAUAGGUUAUCUAUAGUUAAUGCUCAAGUGACCAUACCUUUUUCCAUGUCUUGGUCACAUCAAGCUAAAUAAAGACCAUGACAUAGCCAAGACAACAAAUCCAAGUUUCAGUGACUUUACUAGUGUUUUUUUAUAAGGCACCUUUACUAAUGCUGCUCCGAACUAAACAUGGGAAUGGAUGUCCAUAGACCACCCACCACCUACUGUUCGUGCUAAUUUUGUGGUUAUGGUUAUGACUUCAAAAUUUUGGAGUUGAGGUGUUUUCUUUUGGAGUUGGACGUUCGAUUGCUGAUUUCGAUGACUCUCAGAGGCCCAGAUUAAUGGACUUUCUGACUAGUACAAACCGUGGUUCUCGCCAUGACGAACCAACCAGCGUCGUGGCGUGGGACGGCGUCCGACUCAAGUCUGUCAAAGCACAAAGCAGGCCCAGCGGCAGGCCACAUCCGUCGGACCCUUGCCUUCUCGGAGAAGCUUUCACACACCUCUCCUUGCUCUGGAAGCCAUGUACGGCGGCGAACUCUCCUCUUGGCUUCUGGAUCUUACCUGGCCUCCAUCAUGGAACAUGACGGCACGAACCUGCUGGCUGUCAAUGAGGUUCUGCGCUCGGUACAGCUGCUCAAGAUUGACGGCUACUGCGCCACCGCUACCAUGAGCGAGCUGGAGUUCAUCAAAUCCAGAUGGUGCACCAAUGGCCACGAGUGGGAGGUCCGUUUCCAUCCUACUUACAAGUGGAACGGGCGGUGGGUAGCGGUGAAGCUCAUACUUAUCAGUGAACCUCUGAGGGACAAGCUGAGGGUGAGCCUGAGCUGCCGGAUGAGACCCAACAACUUCCAGCGGGAUCUCGGUGCCUCUUAUGAGCAGAGUUUGUCCCAUAUAUUUCCCAGUGACUCCAAAUGCUCGCCUGUACUUCUCCUCAUGUCAAGGGCUGAGCUAGGAUCAUCAGAUUACCUCGUGGAGGAUUCGCUGACCGUGGAAUGCACGCUCACCGAGCUACGUGGCUUCGACGCCUCUGUGAAGGAUCCGCCCCUGCCAGUGCCACAGCCACAGCCACUGCGCUCGGACCUACACCAGCACCUCGGCGAGCUCCUGCAGAGCAAGGACGGAGCGGACGUCACGUUCCGUGUCUCCGGGGAGUCCUUCGCCGCACACAGGGUCAUUCUCGCCGCGAGGUCCCCGGUUUUCAAGGCCGAGUUCUUCGGAGGCAUGAAGGAAAGAAGCUCUGCUUAUGUGGAGAUCAGAGACAUGGACGCUGCUGUGUUCAGGUCCAUGCUUCACUUCAUCUAUACCGACAUGGUCCCAGAGCUCGACGGUGCCCAGGACCAGGAGCCUGAGGCGGCGGCGGGCGGCGGCCAUGGCUCAGCACCUACUCGUAGCUGCUGACAGGUAUGGGCUGAACGGGCUGAAGCUGAUAUGUGAAUGCAAGCUCUCUGGUGGCAUCAACAUCGGCACAGCGGCUGCGACGUUGGCUCUCGCCGAGCAGCGCAACUGCCCGCUGCUCAAAGCCAAGUGUCUUGAGUUCGUCACUAAGUCGCCUGAGACUCUUGAUGCUGUCCUGGCGACUGACGGCUACGCGCAUCUGGUGGAAAGCUGCCCUCUGGUGCUGACUGAACUAGUGAGGGCUGCGCGUGGAAGGAAGAUCUGAGCUCGCGAUGAUGGUUUUCAUUGACAGUCCUAGUAUUACUAGUAUCUUCCUCAUAUAAUGAUUGAGUUGCUUGGCUUCACAUGCAUGCUAUGGUAUGGUUAUGGUUUCCCUAAGAUGUAAUGAACCUGGAGUUAUGGUUAUGGUUUCCCUAAGC